AUGGAUGAGUAUUAUACUGUGACUGUGGAUAGAUAUCAUAUUAUGACUUUAGAUGGGUAUUAUACUAUGACUAUGGAUGGGUAUUAUGCUAUGACUAUGGAAAGGUAUUAUACUAUGACUAUGGAUAGAUAUCAUGUUAUGACUAUAGAUGGGUAUUAUACUAUGACAAUGGAUGGGUAUUAUACUAUGACUAUGGAAAGGUAUUAUACUAUGACAAUGGAUAGAUAUCAUGUUAUGACUAUAGAUGGGUAUUAUACUAUGACUAUGGAUGGGUAUUAUACUAUGACUAUGGAUGGGUAUUAUACUAUGACUAUGGAUAGAUAUCAUGUUAUGACUAUAGAUGGGUAUUAUACUAUGACAAUGGAUGGGUAUUAUACUAUGAUUAUGGAUGGGUAUUAUACUAUGACUAUGAUUGGGUAUUAUACUAUGACAAUGGAUAGAUAUCAUGUUAUGACUAUAGAUGGGUAUUAUACUAUGACUUUGGAUGGGUAUUAUACUAUGACUAUGAUUGGGUAUUAUACUAUGACUAUGGAUGAGUAUUAUACUAUGACUAUGAUUGGGUAUAAUACUAUGACUAUGGAUGAGUAUUAUACUGUGACUAUGGAUGGGUAUUAUACUAUGACUAUGGAUAGAUAUCAUGUUAUGACUAUAGAUGGGUAUUAUACUAUGACAAUGGAUGGGUAUUAUACUAUGAUUAUGGAUGGGUAUUAUACUAUGACUAUGAUUGGGUAUUAUACUAUGACAAUGGAUAGAUAUCAUGUUAUGACUAUAGAUGGGUAUUAUACUAUGACUUUGGAUGGGUAUUAUACUAUGACUAUGAUUGGGUAUUAUACUAUGACUAUGGAUGAGUAUUAUACUAUGACUAUGAUUGGGUAUAAUACUAUGACUAUGGAUGAGUAUUAUACUGUGACUAUGGAUGGGUAUUAUACUAUGACUAUGGAUAGAUAUCAUGUUAUGACUAUAGAUGGGUAUUAUACUAUGACAAUGGAUGGGUAUUAUACUAUGAUUAUGGAUGGGUAUUAUACUAUGACUAUGAUUGGGUAUUAUACUAUGACAAUGGAUAGAUAUCAUGUUAUGACUAUAGAUGGGUAUUAUACUAUGACUUUGGAUGGGUAUUAUACUAUGACUAUGAUUGGGUAUUAUACUAUGACUAUGGAUGAGUAUUAUACUAUGACUAUGAUUGGGUAUAAUACUAUGACUAUGGAUGAGUAUUAUACUGUGACUAUGGAUGGGUAUUAUACUAUGACUAUGGAUAGAUAUCAUGUUAUGACUAUAGAUGGGUAUUAUACUAUGACAAUGGAUGGGUAUUAUACUAUGAUUAUGGAUGGGUAUUAUACUAUGACUAUGAUUGGGUAUUAUACUAUGACAAUGGAUAGAUAUCAUGUUAUGACUAUAGAUGGGUAUUAUACUAUGACUUUGGAUGGGUAUUAUACUAUGAUUAUGGAUGGGUAUUAUACUAUGACUAUGAUUGGGUAUUAUACUAUGACAAUGGAUAGAUAUCAUGUUAUGACUAUAGAUGGGUAUUAUACUAUGACUUUGGAUGGGUAUUAUACUAUGACUAUGGAUGGGUAUUAUACUAUGACUAUGAUUGGGUAUAAUACUAUGACUAUGGAUGAGUAUUAUACUGUGACUGUGGAUAGAUAUCAUAUUAUGACUUUAGAUGGGUAUUAUACUAUGACUAUGGAUGGGUAUUAUGCUAUGACUAUGGAAAGGUAUUAUACUAUGACUAUGGAUAGAUAUCAUGUUAUGACUAUAGAUGGGUAUUAUACUAUGACAAUGGAUGGGUAUUAUACUAUGACUAUGGAUGGGUAUUAUACUAUGACUAUGGAUGGGCUCGAGUACUACAAGCACGGCUUAAAGAAAAGCCACAUAAUUAUACAUGAUAUACAUUAUGAAAUAACAUAUCGACAAAAAGCCGGAGCAUUAUACGCUGAGCGUAGUGAUACAUCUAAUGAUGUAGAAACUGUCUGCCACAUAAGAAGGCGGUUGUCGGGUGAGAGGGUUCUCCAGUCGGCAGGUGGCCAAGUUCUUAUUGGUCCUGGUAUUGGUAAGUCGAUGGAUGGUGCAGUGUCCCAGUCACGUCGGGCAGGAGGGAAAAGCGGCAUCUCACCAGAAAGAAGAAGAAGAGAUGCUAACUCAGCAGUAGGUAUCUCACCGUCGGAAUCUGUGGUAGUAGGAGUGGCAGUAUAA